GACCGAAACAAGCAUAUAUAUCGCCCGUCGUGCCCCCUCACCAAUAUUGCCUUACUCCUCUCGGACGAACCAUCAUUGGCAUCAACCAUCAAACAAUCCCACCUAUCCUUUACCCCGAUACAAGCAAAUCGUCGCCCAACAUGGGUUUCUCGACGAUUGAGUUCGACAAGUACAAUCCUGCUUCAGAGAAGGCAAGCGAUGCUCGCCAGGACCUCGCCCACCUUGACUACUCCCCACUGAAGCGCAUCACGGGGCGGUCAUGGGCCAUGGGCAUUCUCAUUUCCAUGGGAGGCAUGGUUUUCGGAUAUGACACGGGUCAGAUUUCUGGCUUCCUCGAGAUGCCCGACUUCCUCCAGCGCUUCGGCGAAGCCCGCCCCGAUGGUACAUACCACUUCAGCAACGUCCGCUCCGGUUUGAUCGUCGGUCUCCUCUCCAUCGGCACACUCAUUGGUGCUCUGUGCGCCGCCCCUAUCGCCGACCGCUUCGGACGCCGCUACUCCAUCUCCUUCUGGUGCGUCGUCACCUCCGUCGGCUUCGUCAUUCAGAUCGCCGCCGAGAGAGCAUGGGAGCAAAUCAUGAUGGGCCGUUUCGUCGCCGGCUUCGGAGUCGGCGCCCUGAGCCUCAUCGUCCCGAUGUUCCAGGCAGAGACGGCUCCGCCAUGGAUUCGCGGUGCUCUCGUAUGCGCCUAUCAGCUCUUCAUUACCCUUGGCAUUUUCCUGGCCGCCUGCUUCAACUACGGCACCGUCUCACACCUCGAGCACAGCUCUGGCUCAUGGCGAAUCGUCGUCGGUCUCGGCUGGCUGUGGACCAUCAUCCUUGGUGUGGGCAUCCUGGCUUUUCCGGAAACGCCUCGCUUCGACUAUCGCAUGGGCAACGUUGAGCGGGCAAAAAACACACUCUGCCGCGUCUACGGCGCCCCCGAGAACCACUACAGCAUUCACAUUCAGCUCGAGGAGAUUGAGAGUAAGCUCCGAGCCGAGUCCAAGAUCAAAGGCAGUGCUGUCCAAGAGUUCACCGGCAUGUUCAAGGCACCCCGCAUGGCCUACCGCAUUGCUCUGGGUUGCGGUCUGCAGAUGUUCCAGCAGCUCACUGGUGCAAACUACUUCUUCUACUACGGUACCACCAUUUUCGCCUCCGUUAAUAUCAACUCCUUUAUCACGCAAAUCAUCCUCAACUCCAUCAACUUCGGCACCACCUUCAUUGGUCUCUACAUUGUUGAGCACUUUGGACGUCGCAAGUCGCUCAUCACAGGCUCCAUAUGGAUGUUCAUCUGCUUUUUGGUCUUCGCCUCCGUCGGCCACUUUAGUCUCGACCGGGUACACCCCCAGAACACUGUCGGCCCCGGAAUCGUCCUCAUCGUCUUCGCCUGCCUGUUCAUCCUGGGCUUUGCGACCACCUGGGGUCCUAUGGUCUGGACCAUCCAAGCCGAGCUCUUCCCGUCCCGCUACCGCGCUAAGGCCAUGGCCCUCUCAACAGCCAGCAACUGGAUAUGGAACUUCUGCAUCGGCUUCUUCUCUCCCUUCAUCACCGGGGCCAUCGACUUCCGCUACGGCUACGUCUUUGCCGGCUGUAACUUGGUCGGCGCCGCCAUCGUUUAUUUUUUCGUCAUCGAGGGCCAGGGCCGUACCCUCGAGGAAAUCGACACUAUGUAUCUGGAGCGCGUCACCGCCUGGAAGAGCGCUCAAUGGGUGCCGCCUUCCGCCGAGGAGAUGAAUCGCAUCCGCAAGCAGGCCGGUACAGAAUUGGACGCUAUCGAAAAUGAGAACGCCAUGAGCAGCGAGAAGAGUAUGGAGCCAAAGGGCCUCAAUGGCACUUCUCACCAAGAGAGGGUCUAAGUUCUGGCCUCGAGGUCCUCGAGGCCCGCAGGGCGUUUUCAUCUCAGUCUGUGGCCACGAAUAGGCUUGCAAAAGCGAUUUCUUUACAUUAACGAUUUGCAUGGCAUGGAGUUGAGGCAUAGUGAACUAAACUAUAUACCAGUCGCAUGAUUUCCAGCGUUUAUACCAAUACCAAUAUGAUAUUCUAUAUAUUUCAUGGGCUGGCCAGGCCCCCCCCUGUUCAUGUUCGUUCUAUCUCCAAGGCAGUAUGCUCACCAUCAGGCAGAAUUGGUUUGGCCAUGGCGAGACACCGGCCCGCGGAAACCGUCAUGAAACAGCCUAUUGUUGUGAUAGCGACCUAGGUGUGCUCGUGUCAACUCGAUCAAAGCCCAUUAACAACGAUCCCAGGUGCGCCCAGCGUGUCGCGCGUCACGAUUGAUUCUGUGGUGGUGCACCCUAGCUUUCGGGUGGGCGGUCCUACAACGU